CUCAAAAUUCAUUACCAACCCAUACAUGAUAACUUGUGGAGUAAUUUCUUGGAAAUUAAAAUUCCAGUGAUGUUAAACAAACGGCUUAUUUUUUGGAGUUAACAAAGAUAAGUGCGAGACAGACUUUAUCUGUUUGAUUGAGAAGAGAAAGCUUUACAAGCACCAUCAAUGGAGGGCGUAGCAGUUAGCAGUGGAGGAGGAGGAACGACGUUGUCGGAUGUCUAUCAAAAAGCCAAGAGAUUGCAAUUGAAGAUCAGAGAUUCUGUCGAAAGACUCGAACGCCUUGAAUCCUCCUCUUCCGCUGCAUCUUCUGCAUCCCCGGAGUUCGCUUUCGAUAUCAAGAACGAUAUUUCUCAGCUCCACUCUCUUUGUACCAGUAUGGAUAAUCUUUGGCGUUCUGUUGCCGUCAAAUCUCAGCGCGAUAUUUGGAAAAGAAAGGUCGAACAGGUUGCUGAAGAGGCGUACUCGUUGCAAGAAAGUUUAGACAAGUACUUUUCGAGAAAUCAAAGAAGAAUACAGGAAGCAAAAGAAAGGGCUGAGUUGCUGGGAGGAGCUAAUGGGGAAUCUUCUCAUGUUCUAAGAAUUUUCGAUGACGAAGCACGAGCCAUGCAGUCAGCACGUAAUUCUUCCAGGAUGUUAGAAGAUGCUUAUUCAACUGGUGUAGCCAUCCUUUCAAAGUUUUCAGAGCAGAGAGAAAGCAUGAAGAGCGCACAGCGCAAGUUACUUGACAUUUUGAACACAGUGGGGCUCUCCAAUUCGGUGCUAAGAUUGAUUGAGAGGCGAAACCGUGUAGAUACAUGGAUUAAGUAUGCUGGCAUGAUCCUCACUUUUGUCGUCCUGUUUGUGUUGUGGACUUGGAGACACUAGAAGGCCCAAUCUGUUCUAUGAUGGUUGAUGUCUUACCGUCUGAAAUUGUUUAUGACGAAGUCCUUGCAGCUUUCUCCUGCUAUUUACAAGUGGUUCUUUAAUCAUGGUUAUAGCACGUAGACAAAUAGAAAGGGAUCCUUUACGAAUUACGAAGAGUAUCAUACACCACGCCGGUAGCACGUUCUAUUAAUUUGACUUAAAUCUCAGUAUUAUCGAGUCGUGACAAACUCUAGAGAUGUAAAUACAUAAGUUCGAGGUCUAUUUUUUGUUGUAUGUAAGAUUUUUGGAGUCUCAUUUUGUUCGGAAUUGAAAUUUUGACUUUUGGAUGUUUAAAUGCUUGACCCAUAAAAUAAUUUUUACAAA